CUCAAAACCCUGUACAUUUAGUUUGAUUUUCAUUGAUUAUAUUGAACGUAUAUUAAAAUGUUACUUAUAUAUAAAGAUUGAUUUAUAAACCCAAUUAAUUCAAUUGAAUAUAAAUGAAUGAUGAAGUGCUACAAAUACCAUACGUAACCCAUUUUAUGUUGUGUGGCAAAAUGGCUUACGAAAACAAUUUUGUCAACAUCUUUGGAACUUUUACCGCUGUUCUAGCUCUGAAUUUCAUAUUUUUUGCUAAAAUACAAAGUAUGGAGUAAUCAAGGCCUCAUUUAAGUGUAAUGGCUUCUGUUUAGGGCCAUCUUAUUGGCCUCGUCUUAGACAUCUGAUCUGAAUAAGUCUCUACCUGCAAAAACACACACAAAUGAGUAAUCCACUGCCCCUGCCAUUUGCUGAUUGCACAAGGAGAUGCCACUCCAAAAAACAUGGUGACAACAUAACAAGUGUGCUGUCAAAAUGUAACUUAAAGCAGUUUCAAGCGUACUUUGGUUUUUGCCACAACACUGCUACACAAGUGGAUUGUUAUGGCAGGAAUGCGCUGCAUGUGGCUUCAUCAUGUGGGAAAUGGGAGAUUGUUGCAUGGCUCUUAAUUGAGAAGGGGGUUGAUACUAGCACAAAGGAUGCAGAGUCUCACUGGUCAGCUUUGCAUCGAUCCUUAUUCUAUGGUCAACUAUCCUGUGCCAGAAUUCUCAUAUCGCAUGGUGCCAGUAUUCACAGUCAAGAUAGAGAGAAACAUACACCUAUUGACCAACUAGUCCUAGAUAGACCACCUUAUGUAGACAUAUCCAUCAAUGGCAAAACUGAUGUGUAUACUUGGGGAGACAACACAAAUUUCACACUAGGGCAUGGUAAUGAGAUGAGACAUCAUACACCAAACCUGGUUGACACUUUCACCAAGGCAAAGCUAUCUGUUGUCCAAGUUGAGUUACUGAAAUUUCACUCAGUGUUCCGUACGAGUUGCGGUAGAGUGUUCACAUGUGGUCAUGGGAGAGGAGGCCGCCUGGGCCACAUGGAUGAGCAGACAAAGCUUGUGCCAAAGGAAGUGCCAUUGGAAGAGAAGAUCUCCUUUGUUGCAGCAGGAAGGGAUAACACUGCAUUUUUAACAGAGUCAGGGCUUGUGUUUACAUGUGGAUUGAACACAUACCAUCAACUGGGACUGAAUCCUCCUCCAAGUCAUAGUUUACUCCCUAAACAGGUUGUGUGCAAACUGUGGAAGGGUAAACAUAUUGAGGGCAUAGCUGUUGGACGGUUUCAUACUGCCGUACACACAAAUACAUCCGUCUACACAUUUGGCUUGAAUGCAGGGCAAUUAGGUCAUCAGAAAGGAGAGAAGUUGCAGAGUCAGCCGAGGAUUGUCUCUCCACUCAACCACAAAGACAUCAUGAUUUCUAGCAUCACUUGUUCAGAUGGCGCAACUAUAGUUAUCACCAAAAAAGGCGAAGUGUUUGUUUUACAUGAAUAUCAAUGCCGUAAGAUCACAACAAGGCUACUUGACAUAAAGAAUGUGUGCUGUACAGGGGGGCACCUAGACCUGAAGUCUGCAGGGGAUAUACAGGGGGACACAUCCAACAAUGAACUCAUUAUAUGUUUCCUCACACAUUCAAAGCGGGUUUUUUUGUGGAAGAGCUCUGAUCCUACUUUGAGGAGAUGUACCUGGUCCUUGGGUGGCGAUCUAGCCAUCUGUGACAUCAGCCUCACCAUAUAUGGCAUGGUGAUUGUGACAGACACAGGACAGGCCUAUAUUGGUCACAGGUCAACUAAGUUAAAAGUGAAAGAAAGUGCAGUGUCCCCUCAGAAAGAUGGCAUUCAGGUGUUGAGUUCCAUUGGUUCUAUGGUUGACUGGCAGUUGGAGGCAGACGAUGCAGAACUUGUCAAUCUUCAACGGGUGCUCUAUGUACACAGGGCAGUGGCUGUCACUGCUGAUAAGAAAGGAAGAAAUUUUGCAGUAGUACAAUCCCAUCAUUCCUCUAGUCUCACUGAGCUUCCUAACGUGUCUUCAUCUGAGAUUUCUCAGCAUUUCAAAACUCUGAUGUCAGAGGCUGAUUCCUAUGAUGUCAUACAUGAUGUCACCAUCCAGGUGGAAAAUGAAACUAUUUUUGCUCACAAGUUCAUCCUUGCAUCAAGGAGUGAAUAUUUUAAGAAGCUUUUUACCUCCAAAACUGAAGAGUUCUUGACAGAUGCAAAAACAGCAUUAACAUUAGAAAACACAAGCUUAGAUAUAUUUUUACAAUUGUUGACAUUUUUAUACACAGAUAAUUGUGAUUUGUUGACACCUGGUGCCAUAGUAACAAUAGCAAAACAAACUCAUAGCAAUGAAAAAAGCAACAAGGCACAGCCAGUGGAAGAUAUACCAAGGAGUAAAAAUGGCAAACCAAUAUCAGCUCAUCAAUAUAACCAGAAAUUAAAGAAAUUCUCUCAAAAAGAUGGAAAAGUGGAAGAAAUAAAUAAGUCAAAGAGCUCAAAUCCAACAAAAUUAUUGCAAGAAAUGGCAAAAAGAUUUGGAGUGAAAAGCUUAGUGAAAAGGUUAGAUGCUGUUUGUUGGAAUGAUGGAACUGUUACCUUGGGGACCAAUAAACAUCUGACUCCGCCAUCCUUGAGACUGGACAGAACUAAAUUGCGCAGCUUGUAUGAUGUAGAGAUCAAGUCUGAGGAUGGGUUGACAAUUAAGUGCCACAAGUGUGUCUUAGUGGCUAGACUAGAGUACUUCCAUAGUAUGUUGGCCACUGGCUGGGUAGAGACAUCAUCUUCAGAGGCCCUGAGUUUGCCUGUCCCUGGGGACAUACUCACUGUCAUCUUAGACUUCCUCUAUACUGAUGACUCAGCAUUUGUCAGAAAAUGUGAAGAUGCUGAAUUAAUAUGCAACAUUCUAGUUGUUGCUGAUCAACUUCUUAUUGGUCGAUUGAAAGAUAUCUGUGAGAUGGUCCUGUCACAACUCAUAACAUUGAAGAAUGCCACUGAGUUACUUGAGUUUGCCUCAGUGUACAACUCUCAGCAACUUAAAUCAACCUGUCAGCAAUACAUCUGCUUGAAUUUACCCACAAUUCUUGAGAUGAGAGUCCUAGAGGUUCUCAGCGAUGAUGUCAUAGAUGAACUGACAACAUAUUACAGAAAUAUGGUCCCUGAGAUGUGUCGCAGAAUAAUCACUCCAUUCGACGCACCUCCUGAUAUCUGCUACCUUGAAUCAAUCGAAAAAGAUCUACUCUUUGACAUUGAUAACAUAAGUUCAGAUUCCAAAUCUGAUCAAUUAAAGCGAAGUAAAUCCAGGAAGAGGCGAGGUAGGACAAAAAGUCAGGGGGAGGCAGGAAAACAAGGGGAUCAGAGAUCAGAGGGUUAUGGAUCCAGAUCUGUUGGUCGCCAGAUGUCAAUCAGUUCAGAAACAUCUGAUAUUUUGGAGGAUGUUGAUGAAAUCUUGGAUGAUGAGACUAUUCCACUGAAGUCCCCUUUGGAAAUUCAACCACAUAUUGUGAUCCCUAGUCGAAACUUCAAUUCUGUGUGGUCUCAAAAGUCACCUAGGCAGCAACAAAGCCAAAGUUCUCCCACAAUGCACCUGUCUCCUGUGUCACCACUGGCCACAACUGGUUACCAAGGUGAUGGCGAUGUGACAGGAACAUCUCCUCCAGUUCAUAUGUAUGGAUUACGUGAUAUCAUGUUAGAAGAGGCGAUCAAAAAGGCUGAGAUUGAAAGAAAUGAAAAAACCAAGCUUGUUAGUAGUGUUCCAAGGUUUGCUAAAUUGUCCCAGAAAGAACGCAAGAAACUUCAGCAUAAAAGAGUUGAGCAGGAGAAGCAAGACCAGCAUAAACAGAUUGCUCCUGCCUCAGCAUGGGGUAAUGUCAACACUGUAGUGCAAUCCUUCAAAGACCUUAUGGUAGGAGAGGAUAAUAAACAAACAAAGCAGAUCUCCAAGGCAACCACUCCGACAUCUGUUCCCAUAGUGACAGUUGCCGCAACAUCUCCAAAAACAAGUGUCAUUCCACCAAAGUCUGCACACAUUUCUCCCAGUAAACCAAUCGGAAGUAAAUCAACUUUAUUCAGUUGGGGAUUGCCUACCAGUUCUGUCCAGUCACAGAAAGAUUCCAAUGAAAAUGAAGUUGCCAUUCCCACAUCACCCCCUGAGAACCCAUGGCAGAGACCACUGGCGAAUGUAGCUGCAACUAAAAAAUCUUUAAGUUUCUCAGAUAUUGUUCAUGAUGAAAUGAUCCAGAAACAAACACACGACAGGACAACCAAUAAACCUCUACAUUUAAUACAGAUAGAGGAACAGGCAAUACUAGAACUACUGGAACAAUACAAACAGGCUGAAAACUUUGAUGAAAGAAUCUCAAUACAGAGAGUAGCUGUUUCCAUGGCAGCACCCACAUGGGCAGCCCAUACCAAACAGAACAUUUAAUAUGAUAACCAAACAUUGUGGUUAAUAACAUGUGAUGCCUUCAAAACAGAAGUUAGAAUGAUUUAACCAUGGUCAGAUAGGUCAAUGGUAGCAUGACUUGGCCAUGGUCAGAUACAUGUAGAUCAAGGGUACACAGGCAAAUUACAUCAGACCCGUACAAGCCCUUACGGAGCUUGUAGAGUCAACAGGCCCUUUACAACCUUGUACAGGCCUCCUUACGAGGCUCGUAAUUGCUUGUAAUUGCCGAGCCUCGUAAGAGCUUGUGAUUACAAAGCUUGUAAUAGCUCGUGAUUUUCGAUCCCCUAUCCCCGUACUUGACCGUACUGUGCCCGUAAUGAGCCCCGUAAUAAAUCGUUAUUUCCAAUCCCCAUACUUGCGCGUACAAUGCAUGUAAGGGGCCCCGCA